AUGGUGGCCGAAGACAACGUGCAUCCUCGCUAUGCACCCUGGUUCCAGAUACCAGCGCGUCGCAUAGUCGCUGUCGAGCAUCCUGGCAUCGUCAAAAAUGUCGACAGGGCAAUCGCUACAUUGCAGGGCGAGAAAGGGCUUGCCAAUAUAUUGGAUCCCUCCAAGCCAGCGACCAGGGGACUGCUCUUCCUUCGCCCCGAAGACCCCAUGGCCAGGCCAAUCGAGUCGGUCAACCGACCAUCCAACAACAUCCUGCUCAAAGUCACCGUGCCCAAAUGGACCGGACGCAAACGUAAAAGAGGCAGCGAUGAGCCCUUUACUGACAGCAAGUCCACGCCUGAAGCGGUUGAGAGGGAGCGGCAGUCUAGUGCUUUUAGACAGCAAAGUCUGAGAGACAAUGCUACAAAGUAUACUGUCGAGCCUGUCGGCAUGGUGGAGAGAACUCACAACUACCGAAGUAUUCCGGACUAUGUGUUUUCAACUACGGCGAGUCCGUUUACGCAGAGGGUUCGAGAGACGAUUUUUACACCUGACUUCGAGAAAAUGAGACAGUUUGACAUGUCCAUGAGCAAAGGAGAGCUCACAAACGUGGAUCUGAUCCCACCUCCAGCGUUUAGCAAAGCGCACAUCCCCUUUCAAUAUACCUAUCGCCAGAACCCAACAGUCAAGGUGUUCCAAGACACUGCGGGGAAUGUCAACUCCAUCAACACGCAAACCCCAAACAAAGUGCGCACCCACCAAGUAAUCUUUGACGUGCCCAAAGUCCCCUCCGAACCACACAAGGAAUGCCCACCAGUAUCCGAGCUGGACCAGGAGCUCCAAGAAACGAUAGCCAUCCUCGAAACCCUCUUCGCUGAGCGGCCAGCCUGGACCCGUCGCGGGUUGCGCAAUGCCCUGAAAACCCCAGAACAGCGCACCGCACUGCGACACGCCAUCGGCUAUGUGGGAUACAUCUUCCGAUCCGGGCCAUGGCGAGACGCAAUCAUCAAACUAGGCCACGAUCCGCGCACCGACGUCGAAUUCCGCAACUUCCAAACCUUUGUCUUUCGUGUACAGGCACGAGAGCCAGACGUUGCCCGCGAUGGCGGCGGGAGCGCCAAACGACACACCGGCGUUGCUGCCAGCGGACCUCGCGACUUUAGCGGCCUCGACAUCUCUGGUAUCCCCACGGUGACCAGAGACGAGCUGCCAGACAGCCAUCUCUGGACCGGCAAAGCGCCGCUCCCGCUAGACGGCAAGAUCUGGAUGGUAUGCGACAUUGUCGACCCGAUCAUCAAAGAACUCCUGUACCCGACCAACCCAGCCCCAGACUUUCUGCGUAGCGAGUGCGACCCCGUCAGCGAUGGGUGGUAUGGCAGCGGCACGCUGGCCAAGGUCAAGACGAUCAUGCGGCAAAAGAUCAACGCCCUGACCCAACAGCACCGCGAACCUGCUGACUCGGAGUACGAGUGUAUCUUGGGCUUUCCGGACCACCACGCCGCGGACGACCCUAGCCUCGAGGCAUUUUACGUCAAUCCCGAGACAGCUACUCCGCGAGAACUCAUGCUGGCCACAGAGGUCAGGACGACUCUCAAGGGCGCCGCCAAUUGGAAAACCGCAGUGUCGGCGGGCAGGCCAAGCAACGCCGUUGCGGAGGACGAAGAAGGGGAGGAAAGAGAAGCUAUACGGAGGGUGAUGGAGGAGAAUGAACCUUUGAGUGAUGACGAGGAUGAUAAUGACGUAGGGAAUGGGGAUGAGGAGGACGAGGAUGAGGAAGAUAUAGAUGAUGUUAAUGAAGGAGAAGCGCGUGCACAACCGGCCAAGAGGCAGAGAACUGCUAAAGGGAAAGCCAAAGCCAAAGCCAAACCCAAGGGCAAGGGCAAGCAGAAGCGUGUUCGUAUUGAUGAUUAG